GAAAACACCGCUGCCCUUCUCCCACCGUCGCCCGCCUUUCUCCUACCUCUGCACUGCUCCGCCCGCCGCAGCUCGGUUCCCAGCCGCGCCCCCGUCUGCCUCUCCCCGAUACGGAUCGACCUCUCCCUCACCCGAAUCGGCUUUCACGCUCCGUGGAUCGAGGUCCUGCGAGCUCCUCAAGCGCGGGGCUCUCGACGCCGCGGCCCAAAUCGGGCCUCUCCCUGACGGAGACGGCAAGAGGGAGGGGAGUCAAGGAGAGCGGACCAUGCUGGAUGCUUGAGAAUGGCGGCGCACAAAGCCAUGCCGCAGAGCGCCGCGGAGGCCGCGAUACGCUCCAUCGGCCUCGGCUUCGACGUCGUCAGUGACAUCCGGAUCAAGUACUGCAAGCGGCGCGGCUCGCCCGACCCGUGGCUCAUCGAGCUCGACCAUGGGGAGGUUCAGGAUAUCGUUCUUCCCGGCGGCGUUACCGUCGCCGGCGUCACCAAGUCGAUUAAGUGUGACAAGGGGGAGCGGAUGAGGUUCCGCUCCGAUGUCCUGUCGUUCCAGCAGAUGUCAGAGCAAUUCAACCAGGAGCUAUCUUUGUCUGGCAAAAUCCCAUCUGGCUUGUUCAAUACUAUGUUUGAAUUUACUGGCAGCUGGCAGAAAGACGCUGCUAAUACCAAGUCACUUGCAUUUGAUGGGUGGUUUGUCACACUAUACAGCGUAGCACUCUCAAAAGGGCAAAUUGAACUCCGGGAUCAUGUUAAACAGGCUGUUCCAUCAACCUGGGAACCUGCUGCCUUGGCAAGGUUCAUCAAAAAUUUUGGCACUCAUAUAGUUGUUGGUGUAAAGAUGGGAGGGAAAGAUGUAAUUUAUUUGAAACAACAGCAUUCAUCAAGCUUGCAAGCUGCUGAUGUUCAAAAACGAUUGAAGGAGAUGUCAGACACGAGAUUUCUUGAUGCAAAUGGGCAAUCUGACAUGAGUUUCAAGGACACGUAUGGGAAUAAUAAGAGUGAUACCAGAGAGCAACAACUGAGAUUUGUACAGUCUAGUCCACUGAAUUCUUACUCGUCAAAUGAGGAUCUGGUGAUGAUGCCUAAGCGAAGAGGUGGGAAGGAUAAAGAAUUUAUAUCUCAUAGCGAGUGGCUUAAUACUGUUCAAGCAGAGCCCGAUGUUAUCUCAAUGUCUUUUAUACCAAUCACGUCACUAUUGAAUGGAGUUCCUGGAAGUGGAUUUUUGAACCAUGCAAUUAAUCUGUAUCUUCGACAUAAACCCCCAAUCGAGGAAUUGCAUCAGUUUUUGGAGUUCCAGCUUCCAAGGCAGUGGGCACCUGUUUACGGUGAUCUUGCUUUAGGUCCUCAGAGGAAAAGGCAAAGCAGUACAUCUUUACCAGUAAAUAUAAUUGGUCCAAAGCUUUAUGUUUGUACCAACAUGGUUGAUGCGGGUAAAAGACCAGUUACUGGACUCCGGUUGUUUCUUGAAGGAAGGAAGAGCAACAAAUUAGCUAUACAUCUCCAGCAUCUCUGCUCUCUUCCCCAGAUUAUUCAGCUUGAAGACGACCCUUACAAUCACCAAACUCAAGAAUAUGACCGCAAAUACUACGAACCAAUUGGACCAUGGAAGCGUUUCUCUCAUGUCUGUACAGCACCAGUGGAGUCCGAUGAUUUGUCCAUUGUCACGGGGGCACAGUUAGAAGUGGUCAACCGUGGCUUCAAUAAAAUACUGUUCCUUCGCCUGCAUUUCUCCAAAGCCUGCAAUGUUGCUCUCGUCAAGCACUCGGAGUGGGACAAUUCUCCCAACCUGGCUCAGAAAUCAGGCCUUAUCUCAACACUAAUUAGCACACAUUUCUCCUCAGUGGCCCAAAAGCCCCCACCGCGUCCCGCAGAUGUGAACAUCAACUCAGCAGUUUUCCCUGGUGGCCCGCCUGUUCCUGUGCAGACCCCAAAGCUGCUCAAGUUUGUUGAUCCAACAGAGAUGAUGCGUGGGCCGCAGGACUCACCAGGCUAUUGGGUGGUUUCAGGUGCAAAGCUGAACCUUGAGAGAGGUAAGAUAUCAUUGCGGGUGAAAUACUCGUUGCUGACAGCUAUGAUGCCUGAUGAUGAGUUUACACUUGAGGAUGAUGAAUGCUAGCACCUGGGACAAAAGGAAACCUGUGUAGCUAACAUUGAGGAUACAGAUGAAGGAUCUAAGAUUUCCAUAGCAUUUGUGCAUUCGCUUGAAGUUUCAGCAGUAUACACUGUGGUUUUUAAACAUCAAAGCAUAAAUGAGUUCUCUGUCCUGAAUGGAGUGAGAAAAUUUGCUGUACCAUUUCUUUGUAGCGUGGCAUAUAGUUGUCAGUGUUAGAUGGUCGAUCAAAUUAUUGUAUAUAUGAGAUGGGUCAAGAAUUAUAUUGUUUUUUCUUUAUGUC